AUGGCGGACGGCCGGCGGGCCGCCACAUGGCCGCAGCCAGGCGCAGCGGGCGCCGCGGCGGCGGAGGCGGCGUGCGCCGAGUGCAAGGGUUUUUCUGAGGUGGCGCCCGGCAUGGGCAGCAUGACUGAGAUGGAGGCGGGCGCGGGGGCACAGCAGCGGCACGGCGCAGAGUGGGAGUUGGGACGGCGUGGGACUGGGGUUGCGGCCGGGGAGGCGGCGUGUGUGGAUGACAUCAUCUCUGACAUGUUCAUGUUUCGGGAUGUCAGCCAGGCGGCCGCCGGCCGCGCGGCCCUGUUCCCCCGCACCCGCGGCGCGACGCCCGCGGCGCUACGGCCGCUGCUGCUGCGCCGCGGCGCCGCCCCCAGCCCUCAGCGCCCCGCCGCGGCCGCGGCGGCGGCGCCGGACGCCGCGGCGGCCCCGGCCGCCGCAGGGGUCCCUGUCAGCAGCCAGCCGCCCGCGGCCGCGCCGGCGCCCGAAGGCCUCAGUUCCGGCCGCGGCGGCGGGCGUGGGCGCGGGCGGGCGGCGGUCAAGGCGGUCAAGCCGGUCAAGCCGGUCAAGCCGGUCUACUCCAGAUCAUACGAGGCGGUGCGCCGCUACCGCGCCCGCAAGAAGCGCGCGGACGAGCUCGGCAUUCCGCUCUGCGAGCUGCCUUUUGAACCGGGAGAGGCGCCGCCCCGGGGCCGCCCGCCCAAGGCGACCUCAGUCAAGGCGCCGGACGCCCCGCCGCUGCAGCCGCCGCCGGGCCCGCAGCUGCCGGCGGCGGGGCCUCGGCGGCGGCACGGGGAUGACGCCCGUGCGGGCGCCGGCGGCGUGGAGGCUCUGGUGAGGGAAGUUGCCGAGAAGCUGGAGGAGGUGAAGCUGCUCACUCGGGAAAAUCGGGUAUUGCAGGCGCGGGAGGCUGUGCUGCAGGCGGCGCUGGGCGGCCAUGAGACGGACAUCGCCGCCGCGGCCGCCGCGUGUACGCGGCAGGGCGCCUGCGGCGGCGCGGCGGCGGGCUGGCGGCCGGGGGAGCAGCAGGAGGAGCAGCAGCAGCGGCGGCAAGGGCAGGAGCAGGGGCCAGCGGAGGCUCAGGCUGUUGUUGGCAUGAUCGAGGCAGAGGUGCCGGCAGCGACGGCGCCAGGCAGCGGGGCCGAUGUCGUGCAAGAAACAGAGCAGCGGCAGCAGGAUAGACCGGAUGGCCUGCGCCUGCGGGAAAUGUCGACGCUCACGACCUGA